CGCAGCUCAGCUCUGAGCCCGGUCGGUUGUCGCAACGCUUGGCAAACCACAUUGAGAAUUUUAUUUUUUAAAUUCCCAAUAGACUCUUACCACAAUCUAUAGACAUACAUUUAACUACAAGUUAUUGCUGUUUCGUUCAUUUCUAUUUUAAACCAACAAAAUGCGUCGUUCAGGCGCUUUUGCUGUCAUCGCUUGUGCGGCUCUGGCCCUACUAAAUAUGGCAGAUCCGGUCAAAUGUGAUGGACAAUAUACAAUCGUUGGACCGGGAACCAUACACUCUCAUCGAGAUUACAAUGUGGCUGUCGCCGUGCAUAACACCAAGGAGCCAGUUACCUUGAAGAUUGGUAUUACGGGACCCUCGUACAAUGAGACGCAAACGGUCGAGUUGCCAAAUGCCGAUGAGUUCAAGCAGAUUACCUUCACGUUGCCUCCUCUUAAGUCGGGUGACUAUAACUUAACCGCAGAGGGUGUCUCUGGACUUGAGUUCAAGAACUCCACGCAGCUUAGUUUGGCAGAAUUCAAGCCAUAUGUCAAGCUACAAACCGACAAGGGCAAAUAUAAGCCCGGCGACACCGUCAACUACCGCGUAAUCUUCCUAGAUGAGAACCUUAAACCGAGUUUGGCCGAGGACGACGUAGUUGUGUGGUUCGAGGAUCCGAAACGCAAUCGCAUCAAGGAACUUAAGCACAUCAAGACGCGUGGAGGAGUCUACACCGGAAAGUUCGAGUUGUCGGAGUUUGCCCUCUUGGGCUCAUGGACACUUUCGGUGCAGAAUGGCGAUUCAUAUUCGGAUGAGCGUGUCUAUUUUGAAGUUGAGAAGUACGUGCUCCCCAAAUACACCGUCACAAUGGACUCGACUAAGCAUGUAUCGGUGAAGGAUGGUGACAUGCAAGUUGUUGUAAAAGCAAAUUACACCUAUGGCAAACCAGUAAAUGGCAAAGUACUUCUCAAUGUACACACAGACGAAUCAAGCAUGUGGUCCACCGUAAAUGGCGAGUCUGUCCGCACAGACACGCCGGGGCACGCUCUCAUCCGAACUGCUGACAUGGUCAACGGCAAGGCGAAAUUUGAUAUUAAUGUUAAGGAAUUUGCUAGUUUUUUGCCAUACAAAACAUCGUCGUCGUAUGCAAAAAUUUUGGCCACUGUUGUGGAGGACUUCACAGGUGUACAACUCAACGAAACGGGCGGCGUACAGCUUUACCCGUAUCGCUACGAAAUGUCCUGCGUGGAUUACACUUCCUGUUAUUCAUUUGUAGCCGAUAAAGAGCACGAGAUCAUUUUUAAAAUCACUCUUGUUGAUGGUACCCUACUUAAAGAUACAAAGACCCCUGUCAAGGCAAAGUUCACCGAGGGCAUUCGCCACUCCAGAUAUGGCGAUGAAUCCAAAUUACCGUCGAUUGAGAAUAAAACGCUUGAGUUUGAGAGCCAUCUUAACGAGUCCAGCUUAGCUGUAUUUAAAGUCACGUUACCAGAUUUACCAGAUAUGGAAAACUAUACACGUUACUAUAGCAUCGAGCUACAGUUUGAUGGAGAGGAGCGAGAUCUGUAUACAACCUAUCCCUACAGGGAACCAAAGAAAAUUGAACCUCUACCUCAUGAAGAAGAAAAGGAGAAGGAAUGGUUUAAGGUCGAUGUGCAGAGACCUAAGGACAAAUGGAGCCUCAAAAUUGGAGAGGAAUAUCAAGUCACUUUGAACUCCAGUCGUCCCCUCAACUACUUCGUAUACAACAUCAUCGGACGUGGAAAUGUUCUACAAACGGAAAGAGUCGUACUGAGUGAGCCUCAGAAGGUCUAUAACAUCAGCCUGACCCCAACGUUCCUUAUGUCACCUUACGGCCGCAUUUAUGUCUACUAUGUGGAUGAGACUGGCGAAUUCCGCUAUGCCGAGGAUUCUUUCCACGCAGAUGUGGAGCUGCAAAACCAGAUUGAAGUAACUGCUCCGAAUGAGGUCAAACCUGGCGCGGAUGUUGAGCUAGAGAUUAAGACAGCGCCCCAAUCAUUCGUUGGCUUAAUGGCUGUUGAUCAGAGUGUCUUGCUAUUGGGAAGCAAUAACGACAUUAAUAAGGAUUCAUUUGGCUGGCGCUUAGGACGGUAUGACACCCAUACACCAUGGCAAGGAGGUUACUCCUACUAUCCCGGUGAACGUAGUGGAGUUGUGACCAUGACAAAUGCCAACUUCUUUUAUAAUCGCACGGCUCCCGAUUAUCACAUACGUAAGCUGAAAAAAAAAAACUUUGUGGGUGGAGCUAUGCGAAAGACCGCACUUGUUUCGAAUGACAUGGCAUUCAGCACUGCUGUUCCAAUGAGCGCAGCAGCAGAAGGUGCCUUAGUUGGGAACGCAGGAGGGUUCGCUGCGGCGGCACCUGGCUCAGCACCAGUAGUACGAAAAAACUUUGUGGAAACCUGGCUGUUCGAAGACAUUGAAAAUACCAAGACAGAGAUUUUUAAGUGGGUCCGAAAAAUACCCGAUACGAUUACAAGCUGGGUACUGACAGCGUUCUCACUGCAUCCCGAAAAGGGCUUGGGCGUGACCAACGACCAGCUGAAAAUUAAGACUUUCCAGCCAUUCUUUGUGUCCGUGCGUUUACCAUACUCAGUGAAGCGUGGCGAGGUGAUCAAUGUGCCCGCUCUGGUGUUCAACUACCUGCCCAAGCAGUUGGACGUGGAGGUGACUCUGAGCAACGAGGAUAACGAGUACGACUUUGUGGAUGUUUCCAACGAGGUUCUCGGCGAACAGAAGCGCACACAGACGGUGCGCGUGGGCGCCAAUUCCGCAGCCGGCGCAUCCUUCCUUCUGCGUCCGAAAAUCAUUGGCAGCAUUCUGCUCAAAUUUACGGCCAUUUCCCCUCUUGCCGGCGAUGCGGUGCACAAGACCCUUAAAGUAGUGCCUGAAGGUGUGACGCAAUAUAAGAACCGGGCAUUCUUCGUCAACUUGAAGGAUGUGCACGAGUUCAAGGACAGCUUUGAAUUGGAUCUACCAGAGGAACUUGUGCCAGACUCGCAGCAUGUCGAAUUCGGUUUUGUUGGCGAUCUGCUUGGCCCAGUCAUUAAGAACCUAGAACGGUUGCUGCACUUGCCCAGCGGCUGCGGCGAGCAGACAAUGUCCAGACUUGUGCCCAACUAUUUGGUCUAUGAUUAUCUGAAGUUCAUGAAGAAACUAACUCCAGAAUUGGAGCAUCGCAUAAAGCGCAAUCUGGAGCAGGGAUACCAAAAUAUGUACCACUACCGUCACAACGAUGGCAGCUAUAGCUCGUUUGGACCAGGCAAGUGGCGUGAGGAGGAUCCAGAGCGCAACGGUUCCACCUGGUUGACGGCCUAUGUACUGCGCUCAUUUGGCCAGAUUAGGGAUUUAAUAAAACUGGACGAGAAAAAUCUGGAGAGUGGAUAUGAGUUUCUACUCAGCCGCCAGGCUGACAACGGAAGCUUCACGGAAAAUGGCGAAUAUUUCUACGGCUCACAACGUUCGGCCCUCACGAUCACCGCCAACGUACUUCUAGCUCUACUUGAGCAACAGAAGCCUAAUCAAACGGCCAUUGAAAAGGCAGUAGCCUAUCUGAAUGCCAACUCAAAUGAUAAGGAAGAUCUAUUGCCCAGGGCCAUUGCCACCUACGCUUUGCAAAGGGCCAAAUCUCCAGAUGCCGCCAAGCAUGUGGCUGCACUCAAAGCGCUUGCCAAGCACGAGGAAGAUCGCACCUGGUGGACGGAAGAUGAACAAAAGUUGCGCUUCGGAAAAUGUGCUCGCUGGUGGUGCUGGGUGUGGAGUCAUGACAUUGAAAUCACCUCAUAUGCAGUGCUCUCGCUGUUGGAAUCGGGUCAGGAGACUCCCGAUUCGGUGCUUAAUUCGAUUCGAUGGCUGGUGGCACAGCGGAACAGCUUUGGUGGUUUUGCUUCUUCGCAGGAUACGGUGGCUGGGCUGCAGGCCCUCAUACAGUUCGCCAAGACGUCCGGCUACGAGCCAGCCAGGUGGGAUGUGUUCGUUUCCAACCAUGGUCAGCGGGAAAAGACUGAGAAGCUCAGCCUGACAGAAGAUAACGAUUUGCUACUCCAAACCGUGGAGUUCCCUCAAGGCACCAAGUCGCUGUCGUACGAGUCGAAGGGAACUGGCGCUGCUCUGCUACAAAUCAGCUACCAGUACAAUAUUGUCGAGAAGGAGCCGAAACCUAGCUUCAAGAUUCAAGCUGUUAUUAAACCGGAUUCGCCCCCAGCCAAGUUAGAGCUCAGCGUGUGCGUUGAAUAUGUAGAGGAAGGCAAGGCUAAAGCAUCCAACAUGGCCAUACUGGAAGUCUCACUACCCUCUGGCUAUACCGUAGAUGAGGACAGUUUCAAGGACAUACAGGACAUCGAACGCGUCAGGCUAGUAGAAACCAAGAAUGAAGACUCUGUGGUGGUCAUCUACUUUGAGAGUCUGCCCAAGGGAGAAAUCAAGUGCCUACCGAUAGAAGCGUUCAAGACUCAUGCUGUCGCCAAUCAGAAGCCCGCCCCGAUUGUCCUCUAUGAUUAUUACGAUACGAACAAGAAGGCAACUGAAUAUUACCAAGUGGAAUCGAAGCUUUGCGACAUUUGUGAAGGAGAUGAAUGUUCGGCCAAAUGUUAAACACCAUCAAAUCUAAUGAUGAGAUAUAUUCCCUUUUACGACCUACGUAGAAAAAAUAAAUUGCUGUGAUUCUA